AUGCAGUGGGAAUGCCAGACAGCGGCAGGCGGAGUAGAGAGGACAGACGGAUGGACUGACAGACGGGGCUGCCGGCUAACUGAGCCUUAUCACCCCCCGGCUAUUUGUCUGCUGCCGCUGCUGCCGCUCCGCUGCAGGGACCCAACCCCGGCUGCAGCCACUGCCCGGGUGCUCCGGGCCCCAGCGGCGGCCGCAGCAGCUGUCACCGCCCCUACUCCCGCCCUGGUUCCGCGCCCCCUCCCCCGUGGGUCCCGUGCACGCGCGCGCACACACACACACACACACACACACACACAGAGGCUUGCACCCCUGCGCUCGCCUUUGCACACCCGGACUGACUGGCUGGGAGCUGGGGCGGCAGGAAUCUUCUGGACAGGCAGCCCCUGGACUUGCAGGCAAAAGAAGCAAACCCUAGCUUCGAGCCAUUUCAGGAUCCCACCCUGUCUCCAGAUUAGAUCGGGAUCAUCCAAAGGAGAGACCGAGGCAGCCUUGGAGUCACAGCGCGUCCUUCCUCCUCCAGGCUCCGAGACAGUCUCCGGGCAUCCCUGGCUCCAGAGAAGAGCUGGGGGGACUUCACCGUUGUCUGUCUCUUCUGCUCAGGCCCAGGGAGAAAGGAACAAGCUGGCUACAAGAAGGGGAAAGGGUGCUGGCGGAGGGAGUGGGGUCGGUAAGGGCCUGGCCAGGGCAAAUCUCACCCAGCCUCUCUUUACAAACAACGCGGCUUGUGCAGUCAACACAUCUUUGCAGCCCUCUCGUCUCCCAAAGGGUUUUCCCUGGCAAGAACGCUGUUUGCCUUCGCUGAAACGAAGCCUUUGAAAAUAAAUUAGGCUGUUUGCAGACAGAUUUCGCUAGUUCCACCUUAACUUUGUUCCCCUCCCUUUUUAUGUUCUUUUUUUUCCCCAAGUGGUUCGGAGUCUUCCCUUAAUUAAUACAGGAGAACUUCAAUUACAAGUCGACUAAGAAUAUUGCUAAUCAGUAUCAUACAUACUCUGUUUUUUAAAGGAAAAGAAAAGAAAAACCCUGGUCUAAAUUUGUUUUUAAUAGAGCAAAUUUUCAAAGUAGAAUUUAAAUGAAAAGAACUGUAAACUGGGGAGGAGAAAAGAUUCCUUCCACAUCACCCAACCAGUAUGGCUCAAGACUCUGGCCCGAUCUUCUCUCUUCUCAUGGAACACGGGCCAAGCGAUCAUAUAUUUACCAGCAAAGAAGACAGAGGCUCCAAAACAAGCCUGAGUGCAAGUCUUCAAAAACUGACCCUGAAUCCCUCAAUGGCAGAUAUAAAAAAUCCCAAUGUUAGUAGAUAAGUCUAAUUUAAACCUCAUCUAGUCUCUCCCCCUCCGUCUAAACCAGGGACCAUCCAAUCACCCAGUCUGGAGCCUUUAUAGAAAAGCUCUACAAUCUUCGAGACAGGGGUCUGAAGUGAGAAGCUAAUGCUGACUUAAUUUGGAGGGGGGGGGGGUGGAAAAAUGCAAUCAUAGCAGGGGGUGAAGGAAGACCUUUCUUUUCUCCAGUUCAUUCUGUAUUUAAGUAAAUCUUUUAAGAGUCAGGAUUAGUCUCU